GGAGGUGCAGGUGAGACGGAGGUGCAGACACGUCAACAGCAUCCAAGACAGCUGCACCUGAUCUUCACCAAACUCUUUCUGGCCCCGUUCAUGUUGGACCUGAAACUUGAGCUACUGUCCUGGGAGGAAAGGGUGAAAUCUCUACGAGGUCUGAGGUCUUUGCCCCUACGAACCCCUACAUGAGUGGGACUGAAGAUCCUUGAUGGAGUUGGGGUUAAAACAUCUCAUGCCUUCUUGAACAAAUUAAAGCGUUCCCUAACCAACCCUCUCUAUCACAUUGCUCUGACUCGGACACUCCACGGUUCACCCCUCCUAAGGUCAGGGCUAUGUCUCCCCAUCUGAGGAAGUAAAGGGCAGAGCAGGUGAGGAAACAGCAGAGAUCCUGGGAAAGCAGCUGAGGGCAGGGGGCAGGAGCCACCAAGGAGGAGAGGCCUCAGCUUAGGAGGGUCCACCUGCAGUGUAGCUGCCUUUGCUCUGCCAGCCAGAGAGAAAUAGCUUUGCCCACCCCCCCACCCCCGCCCCGGCCCACAUAAGAAACUUUACAUAUUGCUAAGAUGCCUGGUCAAUGAAGCAGUUCCAGAGACUUUAUGUCCCCCGGCAGAAAUAUGAGUAGAGAUUACCCUGUGGGCAGGAGUCCCAUUUUAAAAUAUGCUGUCCCAUUGUCCCCCAGAGCCUACUUUAACUUGUCAGACCAUGUGUCCUGCUUCGUAUGCAAGAUGCAUUCACUGCGCCCAUAGGUGGCUAGGCAAAUGCCCAAUUGCUCCCUGAAGUAGCUUCGUUAGGCAGCCUUGACAGCCACCCCAGCCCUCCCUCCUCACACUGCAACACGCAGGCCUGGAGAUAGCGAUACCCGUGCCCAGACACCGCCUAGCCCUAACACAGAUAUCACAGAUAUGUGCACACUGAUACACAGCAUGCACACACACACACGCAGAUAGGUAGGUAUGCUUUCCCGCCCAGUCCAACACACACAGAAGCCAAGCCCACAUGCGUACCCCUCAGGUGACCGAAUCCCAUCAAAGCACACGAACAACUCUCCACAGCACUUGGCUUCGGGACUGUCUUCCUUGGCUCAAGUUCAAGGGGAUAGAGGACCCGUGAGCGACCUCAGCUGCCCUUUCACUCCCACUUCCCAGCACCUCUCUUAUCUCUGCCUCACAAACCACCCCUGACCCCUUCUUCCUUCCUUGUGCUUGAAGAAUCUCCCCUUGCUGGAAAGCCCCCUGGUUUCUCAGCCUCCCUUUCACUUCAGGAACAUGCCCACUUUGUGGUCCCCACCUUUUUCCUUUCCCGCCUGCAGCCCAGACCCGUCAGUCCACCCAAAAAACAGGAAGCCUGGGGGCCAGUGCCCCAUGCAGACCUGAGGCUUGGGCAGGCAGUGGGUGGAGGCGGGUGAAGACUUCCUGAAUGCCCCCCUUGGCCCUGCCCGGAAGCUGAUGGCCCUCAUUAGUCCUGGGCACUUAUCUUGGAAACACAGGCACUGACAGAGCCAGAGCCAGAGCGGGAGCGGUCCCAGCCCUUCUCUCUGCCCGCCCUGAGCCCAGCGGUGCCAUGGGGAACUGCCUGCACCGGGUGGAACCUGCCCGCUCAUCUGAGGAGAACUUUACCCAGCUGACAUUUGAGGACGAAUUUUGGAAUUAUUCUGACUAUGGGAACGACUCCCUCAAAGCCCUUGACUAUGACAGCAACUUGGAAGCAGCUGCCCCCUGCCACUCCUGCAACCUGCUGGACGACUCCUCGCUGCCCUUCUUCGUCCUGGCCAGCGUCCUGGGCAUCCUAGCCAGCGGGGCUGUGCUCUUCGCGCUCCUCAGGCCUCUCUUCCACUGGCAGCUCUGCCCUGGCCGGCCCAUCCUGGCGCAGUUGGCUGUGGGCAGUGCCCUCUUCAGCAUGGUGGUGCCCAUCCUGGGGCCAGGGCUAAGCAGCAGCCCCAGCACCGCCCUGUGCAGACUGGGCUACUGCGUCUGGUACGGCUCCGCCUUUGCGCAGGCUCUGCUGAUAGCGUGCCGUGCCUGCCUGGGCCCCAGACUGGGCGCAGGCCAGGUCCCAGGCCUCAUGCUGGGGCUCCCUGUGGGACUUUGGGGAGUGGCUGCCCUAUUGGCAUUGCCCAUCACCCUGGCCGGCGGCUCUUCCCAAGGACUGUGCACCCUGAUAUCCAGCAAGGACCUGAAGAUCUUGCAAUUGAUACACACCAUUAGCUGUCUUGUCGUCUUCGUCUUGUUGCCACUGGGUCUGUUGGGCGCCAAGGGGCUGAUGAAGGCACUGGGCAGGGGGCCAGGCCCCUGGAUUGAUGUCCUCUGGGCCUGGUUCAUUUUCUGGUGGCCUCAUGGGGUGCUUCUGGGACUGGACUCCCUAGUGAGGUUCAGGUUAUUGCUGCUGCCAACAUGUCUGGCCCAGCAAGUUCUGGAUCUGCUGCUGAACCUGACAGAAGCCCUGGCCAUAUUGCACUGUGUGGCUGCACCCCUGCUCCUGGCCCUGUUCUGCUACCUGGCCACCCGCACUUCCUUGCCUUCCCUGCCCCUCCCUGCAAGAUGGUCUCAUCUGGACACCCUUGGAGACAAAUCCAAGCUUUCUUCCCACCUGUCAACCUGAAUUAAAGUCUACAUUACUUUCACGAA